GCAGACAAAUGUGUGCUGCGUCAUCGGAGCACUGCAGGACCCACAAACACCGGUGUUUCCCCUGCAGUGUGAGAGAGCAGCUAUGGAGGAGGGGGGAAGAGAGGCUGCUGCAGAACGGCAUUUAACCUGAGUGAGGACUUAAACGCUUCAUAGUGGAACAUCUUCAAGUCCUGUUGUGAUAGCCAUGUUUGCAAAACAGCUGGGGCCUGGGAUCUUUGAGAAAAUGUCCCUUUUGCUGCUCAUCUUGGCCUCUGCCCUCUCAGUGUAUUCCCUGCCCACUGACACUGAAAAAGGAAGGAGAAAAGUGGUUCAUGUUCUUGAGGACGACACCGGAGCUGUGAUUGUACAGACAGCUCCCGGUAAGGUGGUGACACACCGAGGUGGCUCCAUCACUCUGCCCUGCCGAUUUCACCACGAGCCGGAGAACUCCGAUCCCGCUCGCAUUCGGAUUAAAUGGACCAAAGUGACCGAUGCCCUGCAGUUUGAGGACGUUUUCGUGGCGCUCGGAAAGCAGCAGCGCGUGUUCGGCUCGUACCGAGGACGAGUGUUUUUUGAGGAGGCCGGACCGGGCGACGCCUCAGUGAUCAUCCAAAAUGUCACCCUGGAGGACUACGGGCGCUACGAGUGCGAGGUCACUAACGACAUGGAGGACGACACAGGAUUUGUCAACCUCGACUUAGAAGGAGUUGUUUUUCCCUACUACCCCCGUGAAGGACGAUAUAAGCUGAACUACCACCAGGCAGAGGAUGCCUGCAAACACCAGGACGCCAUCUUGGCCUCUCAUUCCCAGCUGCACAAAGCCUGGCUGGAAGGGCUGGACUGGUGUAACGCGGGAUGGCUGGAGGACGGUUCAGUCCAGUAUCCCAUCUCCCAUCCCAGAGACGAGUGCGGUCGCAAGGACACCCCAGCUGGCGUCCGUAACUAUGGCUACCGGCACAAGGAUGAGGAGCGCUACGAUGCGUUCUGCUUCACUUCCAAGCUCAAUGGCAACGUGUACUUCCUCAAACGCUUCAAGAAGGUGAACUAUGCGGAGGCGGCGAAGGCCUGCGUCCGGGACGGUUCGGCGGUGGCCAAAGUGGGCCAGCUGUACGCGGCCUGGAAGUUCCAGCUGCUGGACAGGUGCGAGGCCGGCUGGCUGGAGGACGGCAGCAUCCGGUACCCCAUAGUGAACCCCCGCGCUCGCUGCGGAGGACCCCAGCCGGGGGUGCGGCACCUGGGCUUCCCCGACAGAAAAUUCCGCCUCUACGGAGUCUACUGCUUCCGCGAGAACAAAGACGAAACGGCGAGCCGUCCCAAAGUGACCAAAGGGCCCAAAGAUAUUCCGCUAGGGUGGAAGAGCAGCAACAGCAUUCCCAUGAAUGCCACGGUGGCCAUUUAGAGUGGUACAGCCGGGAAACCGGGUGAUCACGUCAGUUUAGAUUUGACUGCGUUAGUCACCUCGCAGCUAGACUCCAUUCAUCGCUUUAACGUCAGACACCCACAGACAAAAUACCGCACACUCGUCAGGAGAUGAAGAGACGCCGCGUAAAAUUAAGGGUGACAUCUUUAUUAGGGGCGAUCCGUCCUGUAGUCAGUCAAUCACACUUAACAGUGAGUUAGCACAAAUCUGUCACCUUGAAAACGGUUUGAUUAAACAGCAGCUUGAUCAUCGCUCAGGCACAGAACAGAUGAGGGAGUCUGCCAUUAACGGCCUCGCUCACGUGUUUGUUUCUGAGUGUUCAGCUCCGAGCUGCGGAGCCAGUCCCAGUUGCUUGGAUGAAACAUCUGUUUGUAAUGUCUGCCUGAUUGUCUGGGCGAAAAAAAACAAAAAAAACCUUGAUGACUUGUGUGUUUUGAGUCCGACUGCUCGUCUCUGCCUUUCAUACUUGAUUGGAAAUGUCUUCAGGUAAUCUGGAUGCGUUGAUGAGGAAUAUUUGCACCAGGCCCGAGGUGUUCGCACAGUCAAUGCAAAGAGAUCUAUUUUAUGGUAGCACAUUAGUUAAAACUUAAAGCAUGCAUGUAUUGUUUGGCUGAGAGUUGCCGCCUAGAUCAGCAAAAAAUGCAAAGCUCCAAUAGUUCUUGUUUACCUCACAUUCAGCAAAAUGACCUAAAUCACAGCGAGGGUUUGCAACUAUGCAAUGGGUGGAUGUUUGAGAGGAAAAAUAAACUGUUUGAAUGUG